AUGUUGCGUACUCCUCCCGCUAGCUCAGCUAGCUACCUGCGAGGGCGUGUUCACCUGGACCUGUGUGGACCGCUGGUGCCUUCCCUGGGCGGCAACCUCUACCUGUUCGUCGCCGUGGACAGCGCCUCGCGGUGGAACAAGGUCUACGGUCUCCGGCGGAACGCGCUGGCGGCAACGAAAAGGCUGCUGGCGGGCGUGGGGCGGUACGACCUCGGGCGCGUCGAGUGUUUCCGCGUCGAUAACGGCACCGAGUGGACCCGCGGCGACUUCCGGCGCUUCUGCGACGACAACGGCAUCGGCGUCGAGUUCACACCUCCUGGCGUUCCGCACGCUGCCCGUGUGCUCAACGUCGACUUCGCCUCCAUCCCCGGCCUCGACGAGCGCGGUGACCGUCUUUGGAUGGAAUCGGCGAAGCGGGCCGCCGAUGCUCUCAACCAGUCGGCGACCAAGGCCAACCCCGCACGGCGCUCGCCGCACGAGAUGUUCACCGGCGAGCAGGGGCCGUUCCGCGUGCUGCCGUUCUUCCAGCCCGGCUUCAUGCGUGAGGAUCGCCGCACCAAGCUCGACGACCAGGCCACCCUCUGCUACUACCUGAAAGACGGCGACAACCACCCGAGCGGGACCGUCAAGGUCCUCAAGGCGUCCACUGGCCGCGUCGUCUACACCAACCACGUGUCGUGGGUGACGUCGGCGCCAGCCGGUGAGGGGGUUUCCGCUGGUAUCACCGCUGCGCCGACACCCCCCCCAUUCACGCCGCCGGUCGUCUCGAUCAACUUUGGCCCAGCACCGACGCCUUCUACCGCAGCACUGCCGCCGCCAGCGCCCACGCCGUCGCCCGCUCCCGCUCCCGCCGCCGCUUCGCCCCCUGCCGCAACGCCGCCACCAGCGACCACGCCGCCGCCCGCUCCCACGCCUUCACAACCGCCCUCUGCCACUUCGCCGUCACCAUCGGCGACCCCCGCUCCUGGCAAUCCGUCCUCUGCCUCUCCACCGUCACCGUCGGCGACCCCCAAUCCAGACCAGCCGCCGCCGCCGCCGGACCCCGCGAUGCCCCCGCUUACGGCUCACGCCAUGCGGCAGCUUCGCCCGGGUACAAAGGCCGAGGGUAUGACAGACCCGCGGCUGCCAAGCCGUACGAGAUCGGGCACGAGGCACAGCACAGGACUCAUCUCGAUGCUAGACAGGAACACUCUGGUGUCGAUGCUGGAGGCUCGGAGCGCGGUGGACGAGGAGCGCAGGGAGCUGGGGGGGGCGGAGGCCGGAGAGCUGGGGGGGGCGGAGGCCGAAGAGCCGGGGGGAGCGGUGACCGGAGGGCAGGCGGGAGCACUCGCAGCUAUGGACCUGGGGGCUGGAGGAGCGGGCUUUCCACUCGCAUUUGCCACGCUCNUGACUCAUCUCGAUGCUAGACAAGAAUACUGUGGUGUCGAUGCUGAAGGCUCGGGGCGCGGUGGACGAGGAGCGCAGGGAGCUGGGGGGGGCGGAGGCCGGAGAGCUGGGGGGGGCGGNAGCUGGGGGGGGCGGAGGCCGGAGAGCCGGGGGGAACGGGGGCCGGAGAGCAGGCGGGAGCACUCGCAGCAGUGGACCCGGGGGCUGCAGGAGCGGGCUUUCCACUCGCAUUUGCCACGCUCCUCGCCAACCGGGAAGACAUCGACGCCACGCUGCGAGACCAGCGCCCGCCGGAGCAACGCCCUGACCUUCCUCACUGCCAGGCUAGCGACCCUCGUGUCCCCAAGAGAUGAGUUUGGAUGGCCCACUAAGGUUAAGUCGAGACUUGUAGCGAGAGGUGAUAUGCAGAGAGAGUACAUUGACUUUGGAGAGUUGUACGUGCCUACCAUUUCUGUUUCGUGUGUUAGGAUGUUGGCUGCUUUGGCGUGUGAGUUGAACCUCGACUUUGUGUCAUUUCGAUACUGA